AUGUCAUUCAGACCUCCAUCCGGCAUCGAGGUAACAACACGCCAAAUCCCUCAAUGGGAACAAAUUCCUAAUACCUCAAUUCAAUCCAAGCCUCUUCUGAUAUAUCACCACGCAUUUGACGCAUCCCCAACUCAGCUCCAGGCGCGCUUGGAGAAUAUCGGCGAGGUCGAACCCCAGUGGGUCUAUACGAUGUACCAACAGACGCACUUCCACAGCACAACGCAUGAAGUGUUGGGGGUCGUCUCCGGACGCGCGCGUCUCUGCUUGGGCGGUGAAGCCAACCCCAAUCGCUUCGAACCGACGGUAGAAAAGGGCGAUCUGAUCGUGGUUCCCGCUGGUGUGGGCCAUCGCCUAUUGGAUGAUCUCGGGUCGGAGAGUUUCAAGAUGGUCGGUGCCUACCCCCGGAAUAAACGCUGGGACAUGUGCUAUGGACAGCCCGGCGAGGAGGGAAAGCUCAAGGGAAUUAGAGGACUAGAGUGGUUUCAUGCGGAUCCUCUAUACGGAGCUGAUGGUCCUGUCCUUCAUGUGUAG